GCAAAUUCAAUUCACAAUUCAUCAUGUUCACCUCAAAAUUAGUACUAUACCGCCAUGGUACAGUUCUGCGCACAUUCACGUCUAUUACAAGGCGAAACCAUGAAAAUCCUUUGGGCCUCCCUUUUCGUCCACCCUCUGCACCCCAAAUGCCCCGACGCGGCGGGCCAAUCCAGAAACGACGUAUCGAGCACGUAAAGAAGGUAAUCGUUGUAGCAAGCGGAAAAGGGGGUGUAGGCAAGAGCACAAUAGCAGUCAAUCUUGCUUUCUCCCUUGCAAUGCUGUCUCAUCGACCGCGAGUCGGCAUACUUGAUUUGGACAUCUUUGGACCUUCUAUACCUACCUUGAUGGGACUCCAACAUUCAGACGACCCACAAUUAACUUCUGCUGGCGCUCUCGUCCCCAUAAUAAAUCAUGGCAUUCCUACCAUGUCCAUGGGAUACCUUGUCCCUCGGCCACCACCCGACUCCACAGAGUUUGAAGGCGCAAUUGUCUGGCGUGGCCUUAUGGUUCAAAAAGCUGUACAGCAACUCCUCUUCGACGUUGACUGGCGGGAUACUGGGGGAUAUGGUCCUGGGCUGGACGUACUAAUCAUAGACAUGCCACCGGGAACGGGAGAUGUCCCUCUUACAUUGGGUCAAUUAGUUAUUGUCGACGGCGCAGUCAUCGUCUCAACUCCACAGGAUGUCGCACUUACAGAUGUAAGAAGAGGAAUUUCUAUGUUCAAAAAGAUUUCUGUUCCGAUAACAGGUUUCAUCCUCAAUCAAGCGUCCUUUUUGUGUCCUUCUUGCAACACCACGCAUGAGCUAUUUGGGCCUCCAACUAAUGCAUCGCGCCUCGGAAUCCCUCUCCUAGCGCAACUUCCUCUAGUAGGAGGUGUGAGCUGGGGCGGAGACCACGGAAUUCCAUUCGUCCUUGAAGGCACACAUGGAGGUGCAAAGGACGGCAGGGCGGGAGAGAUGUGGCGAGAUGCGAUGAAUGAGGCGGCAAGCAAGAUUUGGGGAUUAGUUCAAAGUUGAGUGUAAUGGUCUACCAUGAAAGGUCCUUCUGUGCCUUGCCUCGGCGUAACACGACUUGCAUUUGCCUUGGAAUGCUACUUAAGGAGCGUUCUUUGGAAUCAUCCUGAGCGGAGGCAACACACCGACCCGUCGUCUACUACCUAUGUAGCUUUAGGUGA